UUGGCAGAAGCGAGAGAAAUGAAAGGCGUAGAAACAACUUUUUUAAAAUUCUAUUUAGUUUUAACACAGUGCUAUUUUUUGGUGCACAAGUUAUGAGAAGCUCAACAGAAAGACUUCAGCAAUGGCAGAGCAGAGGUUUAACAACACACCCGUCAAUCUAAAACUUAAAAAGCGAUGCCAGUCAGAAGUUAAAAUGAAGGAAAACAACGUGUUUGAAGAAAUGAACAUGAAAAAUAAAGGAACUAAACGAACUUCUGACACAAACGGUUACCCUUUAAGUCUUUCAGUACGAAGGCAGGAAGAAAAUUUAUAUGAAGAAAUGAACAUGAAAAACAAAGAAACUAAAACUUCUGACACAAAUGAUAAGCAGUGUGCAUGUAUAAAAUCUUGUACAUCAGUAACCGCUUGCUGGGGUGUUCUGUUACUGAUCAUGGCCCUUCGCAUCUAUUUUACCACAUUGUUAAUUCAUAAGAACGAAGACUUAACGAGGAGUCAACUCAACUGGACAAACACCUCAACUGCCUUUGAAACACAGAUCAGAGACCUCACUGCAGAAAUCCAGAACCUAACAGAACAAAUAAAACUCAUGAAGAUGGAGCUCAGUCUUGGUCCAGAAAAGGCAUGCAAACCUUGUCAGGAGGGCUGGCUCCCCUUUGAGUCCAGCUGCUAUGCAAUUAAUGAUGCUGAACCUCAUGAGCAGAAAACCUGGGAAGAAGCUCGAAAAAACUGCAAGGGAAAGAUUUCCGAUUUGGCUGUUGUAAUUAAUGCAGCAGAAAAGAGAUAUAUCAGUGAGAAAAGCUGGGGGAGUUCAGGAAACAAAGGAUACUGGAUUGGUCUCAGAGUUGAAGCUCCUGGAUUCAGCAGCCUCCUUCUGAUGGUCUCUGUGUAAUUUCUGUCGAAAACCGAGGAUUUAAAUCAGUGAGCUGUGACAAGAAGAACCAAUGGAUUUGUAAAAAAAGACCCUAACUGUUUGAAUUACCACAGUUAGACUUCAGAAGACUUUUGUGAUCUGUAAAUAUAAUUACAUAUAAGUAAAUAUUACCAUGGAAACUUCUACUCAGGUUUUGUUUUUAAAUAUUACUAAAUAAAUAAAGUUAAUUAUAAGUUUUUUUAUUGUCAAGCUGUAUAUUCGGGAGAUUCUGACUGCUGAUAUCAGCAUUUAGAAAAACGCAGUGAAAGGUUUAAAGUGUCACUCAGCUAUUGCUCUUUGUGUCACUGAAGUUUUUUGUACUUUGAAAAGAUACAGUUGGUAUAUGUCUGUGUAGCUUCUCAGUUAUCCAGGUCAUGGUCAUCUAAGGAGCUUGGAAAGAAAAGAGAGUGGACUUUUCUUGAAGACAUUUCACUUCUCAUCUGAGAAGCUUCUUCAGGUCUAAGACCAAAUGGUGGAGAGCCAAGAGGUUUUGGGUGAAACCACUGUGAGACCUUGCCUUACCCUAUAAUGUUACCCGUUGAGAUCAACUGAGGCAAGAUGUGAGUCAGUGUUAGCGCCCACUCACAUCUUGCGUCAGGCGUCAUGUUGAUAUUCCUGUCUUAUAUUCGAGUUCAUUCUUUUUUUAGUUCAUUUUUAUCAAGUCUGUGAGUUUAUCUGUGAGAGAGAAAACACCCAUCCCCACCGUUAAGAAAUCUGCAGCACUGUGUGAGGCUAGCACUGUAAAAGAAAAAAAAGCUCAGUGUGAUAGUACCAAUCGAGCAUUCUUUAAAUCCCAUAGCUGACCAUGUUAGCAACAACACUCAGGUAUGUCAGUAACAACACUCAAAUGGCUCCCACAGUCACCACUAGACAAGUAAAGGAUCUCGUGAGUGUUUAUAGAGCCCUUCGUGUACUGUUUCAGGUUAAAAAUGGACGCAAAUGGCUCUGUCAGUCAAAAGCAGAAGUUGGUAGAGGAAAGACUCAGGAAGCAACAGUUUAUUAUGAUCCUCCGCGAUUCAAACAGUGCUGUUUCUUGGUGUACAAGUCACAAAAAGCUCAAUGGCAAAACUGUAAGCCUGGCAGAGGAGAAGGUCAUUAAAACAAACAAAUGAGAUCAGAAGACAAGUUAAGCUUUUCAUGUAUAAUGUGUCAAGAAAAACCAAACUCAGGCUAUUGACGUGAAUCAACUCUGCAUCUUUCAGUGAUUAUUUUUUAUCCCAUGUUAGUUUUUUGUACUGAUGUUUUUUUUCAUUAAGACUAAACAGAAAAAAAGACUACACAGCAGGGUAGAUGCUGAGCAAACUGAAAGUGCUUUCACAUAAAGAACCUAAUAUUCUCAAGGUGGUCCAAGAUAUUUACACCUACAAAAUAAUUAAUUAGAGGCUCUUCUUUUUAGAAGUGCAACAGAUGCAGCAAGUUCCUCAAAAUCUUUCUUUUAUAUUUAGAAAACAAACCACUUCAACAUGAAACAUAUUAUUAAAUUCUCUUACCUCCCACCUAAAAAUAAAAACAAAAAUGAAAAUAAACUGGGCAAGUGUCUAGAUCAGGGGUCGGCAAUCCGCGGCUCCGGAGCCGCAUGCGGCUCUUUAGUCUUCAUUUUGCGGCUCCGGGUGGUUUGGGAAAAUAAAUUAGAAGUAUUUAGCUGAAG